UGCCCGAAGCUCGGAGACCGACGGACGGACAGUCGCCGGGCGGACGGACGCGGGCUCUCGCCUUGGGCUCGGGGCCAGCUUCGGCGAGGCUCGGGGCUUGCAGCGCGCGGUUCUCCGCCGGCUCGCGGCCACCCCGGCUCCGGCGGCCUCGACGCGCAGGGGGCUGGAGGUGCGGGAGCGGCUCCCCGCGGUCGGUCGGCCGGUCCCGGACCUGCGUCCCCGCCCCGCGUCCCCGGCCCCCUGUCCCCCCGCCCCCCCCGCCCCGGGGCUGCUCUGAGCGACGGUGCUCCGGGGCUCCAAACUCGGGCUGCCGGGGCAAGUGUCUUCAUGAACCCAGAGGAUGUCCGGGAAGCACUACAAGGGUCCUGAAGUCAGUUGUUGCAUCAAAUAUUUCAUAUUUGGCUUCAAUGUCAUAUUUUGGUUUUUGGGAAUAGCAUUUCUUGGAAUCGGACUGUGGGCGUGGAAUGAAAAAGGAGUUCUGUCCAACAUCUCUUCCAUCACUGAUCUCGGCGGCUUUGACCCAGUUUGGCUCUUCCUGGUGGUGGGAGGAGUGAUGUUCAUUUUGGGAUUCGCAGGGUGCAUCGGAGCGCUACGGGAAAACACGUUCCUUCUCAAGUUUUUUUCUGUGUUCCUGGGAAUUAUUUUCUUCCUGGAGCUCACUGCUGGGGUUCUGGCAUUUGUUUUCAAAGACUGGAUCAAAGACCAGCUGUAUUUCUUUAUAAACAACAACAUCAGAGCGUACAGAGAUGACAUUGAUUUGCAGAACCUCAUAGACUUCACACAGGAAUAUUGGCAGUGCUGUGGGGCUUUUGGAGCUGAUGAUUGGAACCUAAAUAUUUACUUCAAUUGCACAGAUUCCAACGCAAGUCGAGAGCGAUGCGGCGUGCCAUUCUCCUGCUGUACUAAAGACCCAGCAGAAGAUGUCAUCAACACUCAGUGUGGCUACGAUGCCAGGCAAAAACCAGAAGUUGACCAGCAGAUUGUAAUCUACACAAAAGGCUGUGUGCCCCAGUUUGAGAAGUGGUUGCAGGACAAUUUAACCAUCGUGGCUGGUAUUUUCAUAGGCAUUGCAUUGCUACAGAUUUUUGGGAUCUGCCUGGCUCAGAACUUGGUUAGUGAUAUUGAAGCUGUCAGGGCUAGCUGGUAGAGCCCUGCCACACUGCUGUGAGACACUGGACAGACCCGGCCUUCCCGACCCUCCGGCGUGCCCAGCUCAACCCACGCUGCACGGACCCUGAUCACAGGCAUCCUGCAAUCCCACCGGAUGGAGCUGCCAAGAACUUGGUUUGGGGCGGGUACCACUGGCAAAUGCUGCUCACUGACAGAAUUAAAAUAUAACCAGUAUGAAAGUCGUUGCGCCGUGAAUCUCUACUGUAGCCAUGAAUUUCUGGAUGGUUGGAUACUCACCAAAAAAGAAAAAAAGGGAGCGUGAGGGACCCAGAUGUCCUUGAAUUUGUGGAACAAGCAGUCUUGUUCUCUACUUCAGUAAUUGGAGGGCUGGGAGAGGCAGUUUUUGCUCUUCGUCACACCUUGAAGGGACUUUCUAUUCCAUGGCCUGAAGGGGAGUUGCAUCUUUUCUAAAACUCAACCCCUUACCUGGGAGGGCUGUGGGGUUUUUGGCACCCCUUCACUGUACAUUUCAGGGAACUGUUGACAACCAUCAUCCCAAGAAGAAACAGCUUGUCUUUGGGUUCAGAUUUUGUGAUCGCAUUCCACGAGUACUGUGAGUGGGCUCGCCGGGUCUCUCCCGCAGUGUCUCUUAGAAGAGGGGGUUGUAUUCCAUGUGCGUGGAGUUAGGGCCUUGGAACACUUCGUGAUGCUGAGUUUUAGCAGGACAGAUUGUUGUUGUUCUAAGUAGGCCUGAGCUUUCUUAAUGAAAUUCAAGGAGAAAAUGAGGUUAAUGAAGAGAUAUUAAUUAAUACCCCUCACCCCAGCCCACCAAACUGGUUGUUGGAUUCUUUGGAAACUGGAAUAUUCUGGGUUUCGUUCUGCUUUUUUGUGUGUGUUUCUGUUUUUGUCUCCCCAAAGUGAGAGCUAGGAUACACUUUCUCUUCAAGAGUUUUCUUACUCAGCUCGAAUAUUAAUUUUUUGGUAUAAACUCCCUGCAUGACCUGUGAAUCUCAAUCUACCAGUUCCUUUUCUUGCCAUCUUUCCUACAAACAUUUACAAGCAUUAUUUGUCAGCAUUUAUUUCAUAGGUUCACUGCCUUGAGAGGUGUGGCGUGUCCUCCCUGGCUGGGAGGGGACCGGCCAUGCCACUGCAAAUGCUUCCAUGGACUCAACAAUCCCUUUACCCCAUCAGUCUCUGGGGCCUCGUUCUGUAGCCCCCCCCCCCCCCCCCCGCCUUCUCUUUGAAUGGACUUGAACCUAAUUCUGAAAUAGUGUUGACACAAUCAAAAAACUUCUAAUUUUUUUUUCCUCUUUCUUAUUUGGUUUUAGUUUGCUUUUAUUAAACAACAAAAGUGCAUGGCCAGAGCUCCUUCGGUUCUCAUAGUGCAGACUAACCAUCAGGAUGGUAACAAAGCACAAAUACUUUGGAAGGAAAUGCAUUGAUGGGGCAAGUGUUCUGUGACCCAAGGUGGGAAACCACUUCCAGGUGCUGCCACUCACCCCUGUCCGCACUAAAGUGGAGAGGGAUGAAUUUUGCCCCCAGAUUUGAAACCAACUGGUAUCUCCCAGGAUGUCACUCUCCCAGGGAGCAGAUAUUAGCCUGUGGAAUGCUGGGAAAACCACAGGUCUAUUUUGCGGUGAUGACAUACUUGCCAACACAAAACUGGGCAGCCAGCUAGCACGCUGUAUGGAAAUUGAGCAAGAUUUUCUAUUUUAGCCUCAUGUUGCAUCGCUGUGGCUGAUGAACGUGUUAAAUCUGCUCGGAGAAAGGACAAAAAUUCUUUGAAAAUUGUCUCCACAGUGUGGGUGUAUGUGUGUGGCUGCAUGUGUGUUUUUGUGUCUCUGUAUAGUUAGAGAUGUUCAUUCCAUAUUCUGACUGUAAGAUGAUUUUAUGUCAUCUCUGCCCCCACACAGUUGUCAUUCUGUAAUGUCAUUCCAACAUGGAGAAGACUUGAGCCCUGCAGUUGGCACUCUUGUCUUUUUUUAUUACCUCAUUCUCCAGUGAACUCCAUCCGACCAGUUGAUGCAGAAUCAGGCGAGAUUCCCUCCCUUUGGCACAUCCAGUGAAAGGCCAAAUGGCAAGGCCAAGUGAGUUCUAAAUUUUAAUUAAUCACCCUUUAUUUUUUACACUUGAGAGUGGUUGUAAUUAAGGCUGUCAUUAAUAAACUGGUUCUACCUUA